AUGGCCGCCAGAGACAAGCCAAUACCCGUCGAGCUGCUGGACGCCAAAUCGAGCCAGAGGCAGACGACGACCUGCAGCGAGUGUAGCCGACGGGUAAGUCAUCGCUGCACGUGACCCGACCCAGAUUGUGAUCUGUUGCGUACCCGCUGGCGUCGGUCUCAGCCCCAAUGAUACAUGGGCAUAAUGCUCACUCACGACGAGUAUAUUGACCAUAUCGUCUUUCUCCGCAGAAAACGAGAUGGUAUGUUCCGGGUCGACGAUCGGAUGUCAACGGCUCCGACGACGGUCGCCGGUUCGGAUAACCCUGGCUGAUGCGAACCGCAUGACUGACGACGAUGAUCAUUGGGAUCUCUCACAGCGACAAGAAAUCACCUUGCUCGCCCUGUGUUAAAAGAGGUAAGUACCCCUGCCCCGGCCUUGCGUGGCCAGUGACUCCGUCCUGCCCGUCAGUACUAGAGCUCGAGUUGUGCCUGCAGGCAAAGCCCACAUUUGUCGGAUACCGGGACAUCUCCAGUCAGCUCAGACAGCUCAAGCAGCGGCCUCUCCAGCCGAGAGCAGUAUCUACGACCUCGAUCUCCUCGCCUUCACGGCCUUUCGCGAGGUCGAGCAAGUCCGAACCACGAUUGACGGCCUCAAGAAUAGAGUCGCUUGCUUGGAGACCUUGCUUCUGCAAGCAUUCGGAAAACUCAAAGACGCCCGAAAGGAUGGAACUAUGAGGGACGAUUUGGACAUCGGACCUCUUACAUCCGGCUUUCGUGAGGGUGAAGACGAGCUCCGAGUCGACAGCACCUCAUCCACCUCGAAACGUGCACCCUGGCCUGGAUCUGCGCCGCAGCACGAAUCACCGCGGCCAAAUGGAGACAAGGAAUAUCACGGCGUCCCACUGAAACCAUCCACAUCAUCAUCACAAGAGAACGAGCUCCGGGAACGAGAGGAAGACGAGGAUGAGGACGAACUCGGCGAAGAUUUAUCGGAAUUGCGGGAAGAGGAGGUUGCCGCGAGCUUGUCGCUGGAGUUCAUGGUUAGUGGCAGUGUCAUCUGGACGAGAUCGCGGCGAAAUUAACCAUAAGCUAUCACUCCAAAAGGCAUUGGGCCGGAACCUGGCACCUCCAAGCCUAACGGCCCCUUCACGGGUCAGUUUAAUCUCAAUUCGGACCAGAGCUCGUGCUCCAAGCGCAAGGGCAGCUUCACAAGGGCAGCUCCAUAAGGACUGACCACUUCACAUGUUUGACAGGAAGAUACGGUCAUCUCGAUUUCAUCCCCAUCGCAUCCACAAGGGUUCGACCCCACGUGCCUGCCCCGAAACCCGGUUGAUGUUUUCCCAACGAUCCGAUCCCUGGCUGGAGUAAUCCCGCCUGGCAACGAUACUAUGGCGAUCCUCCGGCACUCACUAGAGUGGAUGGGCUGGUAUCAUGGCGUCGUCUUUGGACCUGGCUUUAUGAACGAAGUCGCCCAAUUCUGGGAAGCCGGCGAUCAGAGGGUGGAGGUGACACAUCCGGCAUGGCUAGCGCUCUUCUUUGCUCAGCUGCGAUGCGGGGUCCGACAUAUGACGGGCGAACUCCUCAGCACGCUCGGCACCGACGGGCUGAGCGAGACGGACGCGAAGCAGCUUUCAGAAACGUUGCUUGUUGCCUCGCUUGCCGCACUUUAUCACUCCAACUUUAUAGAAGUCCCCCAUCUCUACGCCGUGCAGACGAUCGCGCUCCUCGUCAUCACCUGUCAAGAUGGAGGCUCGACAGCCCUCUUCCCAACGUUGUUGAACGUCGGUAUCGCGAUCGCUCAGGGCCUGGGUCUUCAUCGAUUGCCUUCCCGCGUAGCAUGGGAGGCGAACCACUCGGCCUUGCAGCCGGCGGACCGAGCAAAGCGCCUCAUCGAGUACGAGACGAACAAACGCAUUUGGUGGGCGCUCGCAUCGCAGGACUGGUUCAACAUAUCGUACCGAAGAACGACGACAGCGCAACCGAGUCAGAUGACCACUCCUUUACCCCUCAAUGUGCGAGAUCAAGAUCUUAGCUCUGGCAAUCUUAUCGAGCGACCCGUGGACGAGUUCACCCCUGCUUCGAACGGUCUCGUAUUCGUCCGCCUGGCGAGCCUUAUCCAGGCGAUGUUUGCCCACAUCGAUGACAGCGCCAAAAUGUCGUACGACUACGUGCUCGAGCUUGACCGUGACAUGCAGUCGAUCAUUGACCAUCCACCUGCCUGGGUGCAUAACGACAUUCUGCCGUGGGCGCGCAACGCUUUCUAUAUCGGCUCUCUACACAAAAUUCUGGUCAGCCCCCUGUCCUUCCCGAGAUUCUGAUCGUACUAUGGAGCUGACGCUUCCGGCUUUCCGCAGGCCCUUCACCGUCCCUUCUUGCAUCGAGCUGUCCGUGAGCGACGAUUUGAAAAGAGUCGAGUCCGAGCGUUGGAGACAUCACGUGCAAUCUUGCGCGAAUCUCUGAAUUGCGGUGACACAAGGCUGUGGACGUUGCCUUAUCAGUGAGUCAAGAUCUGCGGAGACGGAAUGUGUCAAGUGCUCUCAGACUGAUGUGUGGUACUCUCCCCCUCUGCAGCAUCGGUUCUGCGGCAUCAUUCGUUUGUCUGGACCUUUUUCAGAGGGGUUCCGACAAAGCGACACUGAAAGAGGAACGAAGAGAAGUACGCCAAGCGCUCGAGGUACUACGAGGCAUGAGAUCCCUCAGUGCAACCGCGAGUCGGGCCGUCGAUUUGGUCGAGGACCUUCUCACGGAAGAGUCACGACUGCAAGACAAUGCAUCACCCCGGCCUUCGGCACACUCCGGAACGUCCACUUUGAAGAGGAAAAGGGACACGCACCAAGGCGGGUCGAAUCAUCGACAAGGCUCUCUGAAGCGCCUUGACGCGACCACGCCUUCACCGGCGAUAACGAGCUCUCUGACCGGCGCAUCACCCCAGCAGAGUCCUCACUCGAUGUAUCAUCCCUUCUCGCCUCCUCAAUCCACGCAACCACCUCCUCAUGGUGUAUUUGAUCCCACCGUGGGGCCGCUUCCCUAUCCUGGACCACUACUCGAUCUCGACAUGAUGGCAGGUCUCAAUUUCGGUGCCGCAUCGAGGGACGCGCUGCCUGCCGAGUAUCUGAAUGUUUUCUUGGGAUCUGGUGAGUUAAUUGUCGCGUCUUUCUCUCUAUACUCCUUAUCGAGGAGGAUUUUUUUUCCGAGCAGGGUUCGAUCCACUGGAUCUGAUGGGGCAGACCUGGUCGGCGGCCGCAACACCUGCUGCUGUAGCCAACAAUUCUGGCCAGGGUCUCGAUCCGGCCCGUGCGAACUAUGUAACCGAAUGA